CUGAGCUCUGCGGUGCAGCAGGUUCCUGCAACCUCCCUGAAGCAUCGCCAGGGCCUGGGUGACCCCUGUCCAUGGUGAGGACCCCACAGGGACCUGCCGAUGGACCGGCUGAGGACGAAGGAGACCCAACGGGGAGGCUCUGAGAGGGAAAGACGUGCUCGGGUCACCCUCACCUGGAAGGGGCGUCUCAGGAAGACACCGGCUCUGUCAUGGGAAUGAGAGCCAGGCUCCUGGGGAGGGGCAGUUCCCCUUCCUGUGGGGCUGCUGACGUGACAGCCCCGUGACGGGGAGGACCAGCCUCCCAGUGGACACACCCUCGGGUCUCCGUCCUGAGGGCACCGUGGUCUCCUCCAUCUGCACCGCCUGGACCACAGGGACGAGACGCCAUGACUCCCAGCCUCACGGCCCUGCUCUGCCUCGGGCUGAGUGUGGGCCUGAGGACCCAGGUGCAGGCAGGCACCCUCCCCAAACCCACCAUCUGGGCUGAGCCAGGCUCUGUGAUCCCCUUGGGGAGCCCCGUGACCAUCUGGUGUCAGGGGACCCUGGGGGUCCGGGAGUUCUAUCUGAAUAAAGAGGGAAGCUCACCUUCCUGGGACAGACAGCCCUCACUGGAGCCCGGGGACAAGGGCAAGUUCUCCAUCCCACACAUGACACAGCCCUACGCAGGGAGAUAUCACUGUUACUACCUCAGACCCACUGGCUGGUCAGAGAGCAGUGACCCCCUGGAGCUGGUGAUGACAGGGGCCCACAGCAAACCCACCCUCUCAGCCCUGCCGAGCCCUGUGGUGACCACGGGAGGGAACGUGACCCUCCAGUGUGGCUCAUGGCUGCGACUGGACAGGUUCAUUCUGACUAAGGAAGGAGAACCCAAGUCCUCCUGGACCCUGGAUGCACAGCGAGGCCCCCAUGGGCAGACCCAGGCCCUGCUCCCCGUGGGUCACGUGACCCCCAGCCACAGGUGGACGUUCAGAUGCCACGGCUUUUACAGGGACACCCCCCAGGUGUGGUCGGCCCCCAGUGACCCCCUGGAGCUCCUGGUCUCAGGUGUGUCUGGGAAGCCCUCCCUCCUGACCCCACAGGGCCCCGUCGUGGCCUCUGGACAGAACCUGACCCUCCAGUGUCGCUCUGACGUCGGCUAUGACAGAUUCGCUCUGUCCCAGGAGGGGAGACAGGCCCUCCCCCAGAGCCCUGGCCGGCAGCCCCAGGCUGGGCUCUCUCAGGCCGCCUUCCCCCUGGGCCGGGUGACCAACACCCACGCGGGCCGGUACAGAUGCUACGGUGGACACAACCUCUCCUCCGAGUGGUCGGCCCCCAGUGACCCCCUGGACAUCCUGGUGGCAGGGUGGUUCCCUGACACGCCCUCCCUCUCGGUGCAGCCGGGCCCCCUGGUGGCCUCAGGAGAGACCGUGACCCUGCUGUGUCAGUCACGGAGCACAAGGGAAACUUUCCUUCUGUCCAAGGAGGGGGCAGCCCGGCCCCCAGUGCGUCUUAGAUCAAAGUACCGAGGUGGGCAUUUCCAGGCCGAAUUCUCCAUGAGUCCCGUGACCUCAGCCCACAAUGGGACCUACAGGUGCUACAGCUCACUCAGCAGUAACCCCUACCUGCUGUCACACGCCAGUGCCCCCCUGGAGCUCGCGGUCUCAGCAGCUGACACCAUCCACCCGCCACAAAUCAAGUCAGACGCCAUGACUGGGAUCUGCUCUGACCGUGUGAUCUCUCGUCCAGAAUCCCUACCCUCACACCCGCAAGACUACACAGUGGAGAACCUCAUCCGGAUGGGCAUGGCCGGCUCAGUCCUGCUGGGCCUCGGGAUUCUGCUCUUUCAGGCUCAACACGGCCACGGAGGAGCCCAAGAAGCAGCCAGGAGCUGAACACAAGAGGGGACCGUGCACCGUCCGAGUGGUGGAGCCCUGUCACGACCUUAUGUGCCCAGGAGGUUCUGGAAGAGAAUCUGCAGCACGUGUUGUGUGAACUGUCUGACCAGGGAGGGAGAGACAUGGUGUGGGUGCAGGAGAAGGCCCGGGAGUCCCUGUGGAGGACUGGGCCUCGGAUAACCAUGGUGCCUUCCCUCCCCACCAGCGAUGACUCUCCCUGACUGCCCCGUCACCUCUCACCCCUGUGACGUGAGGCACAU